AUGUUGCCCCAACAGCCACACCAAAUGCCCCAGCAGCUGUACGGAUAUCAGGGAGGGGCACGAAACAAACCACCUGCUUUUGGACCAGGAUCUGGCACUAAUGAAGUCAUGGUUGGCCCUCAUAUGACGAGUUCUUACGGCCAACCUAACAUGGGCCAGCAACCUCCUAACCAGGGACAGGGCGUCUCUGAAGUGAAUAUGACUUCUAUCACACAGCUCCCGCAACAGCAGUCUGGAAGUCAAGGCCAACCUCCGCGUUCGAAACACGUUCAGCCGUCUCCUCAGCUCCAGCACCAGCACCCACACCGCCAACAAACGCCGCAACAGAAACAGCAGGGACAAGCGCAGGCGUCAAAUUUGCCCUUGCACGACUUUUCGCAUACUGCCUCUGCCAUUCCAUCACCGUUCAACACAAAUGUUGCGACCCCCACGGGCUCGGCCUCGGCACCCACCAUGUCCAUGCAGGGCGUACCUCCCGGCACGGUACCUCUGUCAGCCAACGAUGCACAUACUAAUUGGCAUGCGGUGCCCUUGGGGCCUGUACCAGUAGCCACGUCAGCCACGGGCCCUGGUACACUUUCUGGCUCUCCAGUCCGUCAAAAUUCAAUUCCACAAAAUUUCCAUUCCGUUCCUGGAGUCCCACAACCUCAAUUACGACGCUACGUCCCAUUCAGUACGAUGCCCUACCCAAUUCGAAAAUAUCUCUCGAACAUGGCUAUAUUGCGUUUACACGAGAUUAUAAAUUUGAUUAACGUCUCAACUGGCAGCGUUAACGAUUUCGAUUACUGGAAACGUUUCACGAGCGACCUUUUUACUUUGUACGGCAUUCUACGAUAUUCUACCAAGGCUGGCGAGGAGACUCGUCAAUUCGAGUUCACAACACCUAUCAUCCCGCUGAUAUGUCAGUCACUCGCGUCUGUAGGUGUGGUUCGAUUAGAAAUUGUUCCUCAACAGUUGAGAGCGCAAGUUUUGAGCAACGGGACCAUAUUCUUCGACUGCCCGCGCUGUACUAUUACUUUUUACUACCCUGAUGGGAGCUAUAUGACGAACUUCUCUCAGGUUAAGGGAAUAUUUGAUUCGACUCUGAAAAUCAUCUGGGUUGAAAUAUCGAGUUACAGCUUUGUUCCUGGGAUAGAAUGGAGCUCAUUGGAGCGGCUAAUUAGCUCUGAAAUUCUAUGUCACCAAAUAUUCAAGGAUUUGAGUAAGACUCAUGAAAAGCCACAGACCUCAGAUCAAGACCCUGAUCAACAGCCUACGUCCGGAGGCCAAGAGCCACAAAUGCCAACUAACUUUGCAGCGAUUACAAAGCUACGGUCUCAAUUUAAGGUAUUCCAUAACAUAUCAAGUUUUGGCGUCCAAGAGAGUUUCAUGCGUGCGUUACAGGUAAAUGAUGUAAUAUCAUAUCUGAAAAAUCUAAAAGUUUAUCAAAAAGUGCAUAAUCUGCAAAGUCCUUUGAGCAGUUUAGAGGCUUUGGUGGCUUCGUCACAUGCGGAGAAAAGUGCAGGCGUACCGGCUAGCGCUCCACCUAAAUAUCACACUAAUGGCGUGUCUCCGGCAGCACAGCCAUCAAAUAUGAGGGCAAGGGUACCCCAACCGAGUCGCCCUGUACCCAAAAAGCGCAGGCAGAGCGACGUGUCUCCUUUAAGCACGGGAGAAGAAGAUGCAACGCCAAAACAAGACCUGCCAGAUGUCUCAUCCGAUGAGACACUUAAAAAGGUCAAAUACUAA